GUAUUAGGCGUUGCAUGUUUUAAAAGAAAUAACUCGCAAUCGAUCAAGACGUGAUUAAAACAAGUACAAAACAUUAGCUUUUAUUAAGCAUGUCGAUGAAUUUGGACAGGAAUGUUUGAUUUAUACAUAAGCUGAUCAUUGGACACAGUUGAACAAGCAGUUAUUUGAUGAUCAUAUCUAUGAAACUUUAUUUAUUUAAAAUUAAGUUAUACAUAAUUGUCGACUAAUGAAGUUUAACAUUAUUACGGGUUAUAUACUCGUGUAGCUCAAUACAAAAGGUAAAUGCGUCGUCAACUUUUAAAGAUUUCAUGAAGCGAGUCCGGACUUUUUUACAUCACCACAUUUCGUUAGUUCAACCGCGGCGGAGUGUAUAAUAAAAUGAUGGGAAAAUUUGGAUGGAUGGGAUAAUAAUGGUGUAUAUAUUUUUCCACUUCGGUACCUCUUAAAGAUACCAUGUGUCGAUCUUUUUCAUCAGGCGUAUUGUGUCGGGUCAUUCUAUUGUAAGGUAGAUAUUAUCGUAUACUAAUCGGUUGUUACUGCGAGAUUUCGUAUAAAAAGGCACACAUACGGACGACUGGAUAAUACGUUAUGUAAAUACAUUAGUUAAUAUAGAGGUUACUCUAUUAUAAUACGUCGAAGUUUAUUAAAAAUAAGACAUUCAGUGACAGUGGCUAGUUUUCUUUAAUGUAACGUUAACAUUAAACAAGUGGGUUUUAACGAUAUUUUACAGUUGUAUUAAACUUUAACAAAAGGUAUACUAUAUUGAAGACAACGUUUAAUUAUUCCAUCGGAAAUGUUUAUACAAAUAUUUUAUAAAGGAUAUCAUGGGGAUUUAACUCGUAAGGUAUUAAUUUUGGGUGUAUUAAUUUAGAGUUCAGUUAAUCGUGACGUCUUUCAAAGUUAGAAGUCAACUGCUUAUACUAAUGGUGUAAAGGAUGAAAUAAAUAUAUUCUUAACGAAACAUGAUAUAUGUUAAACAAAAUAUGUGGGGAACGUCGACAAUGAUACUGCGGUUUUUGACAACACGGGUGUAAGAAUGCAAGAAUUCGUUCCACGCCAUUGGAUGAGAAAAACACAACUGAGAGGCUGAGCUAUUAACAAAUCCGACGGCGCAUGAUGGGAAAGCCAUGGAAGAAGAAAGAGCGCCCUCAGGCGGAGGUUUCCAGUGAUUACAAAUGGAGUUCCCAGAGUUAUACUCUGAAACAAAUUCUCAAAAACUUCAAACUUCCAGUAGUUGUUCAGUGUAACGAGGAAACAAAUGCAGAACAUUUACAGAACUUUUUCUUUGAUCUUCGACAGCCAGUUCUUUUACACAGCAAACGUUCGAGCCGGAAGGUGUUUUCGCGAUGUGUGCGCAAAGGACAAGGUGGAACUAUUAAGGAACUACUUCCGGAAGUCGUCAUCCCAGAAGACUAUGCAGGAUGGUUUAAAAUCAGUAAGGGUCUAGAGUUUAACAAACCUUCAUCACAUCGAACAGUUGAUUCCAUCACGCGGACAAACACGGACUUCUUUCUCUGUACAACAGAAUUUAACGCUAUUGUUGUUACGGAAAACCCCGAAGGUGACACCGAAAAUCAUGGAAGCUUUUCGCGUCCUGUCGUAGAAGGGGAAGUGUUACGAAAAAUCGGUGUGCAGAAACUAAACCAGUUAAUGCUUCCGGAAGCUCAACGGUCACUCGAUAGAGACAACAGGUAUUUGCUAUGCAUUGACGAGAGAGAUUGUGAACUGUACGUACCUGUUUCACAAACCGGACUAUUUUAUGAAGUUUCUGAUGGAAACUUUAACAAGAAUGACAACUGUGUGGUCCAAAUUUCAGAUAUACUAGACGAAAUGGUUGAAAUGCCUAUAUAUGUCAGACAUAUUCUCGGAGAUCCGCCACCGAUAUCCAAAUUCUAUUCGCCAUGUUUAAAACUCGUGCGUGUAAAAGAAGAGGAAACAGUUAUGGGCUCAACUUUAGAUUCUGAAGACGAUGCUCUACCUCUUGAGGUACAAACUCAUUCGCCAAUUAAAUUUGAAAUCGCUUUAAACACACCGAUGCUACAGUCGUGUACAGAAUAUACAGAAGCUGUUGAUAUGUGUAAUAGCGUAGCACAAAACUAUGUGACAGAUAUGAAGCUUGCCGUUACAUUUAAAGUUCCGGCAAAAGAGGAGAAUGACACAGAUGAAGCACUUGCUCAAGCAAAUCCUUCGUUUGUACCAGACGAAAAUGAAAGUCAAUUGUCUGUAUCGAACUCGCAAAGAACAUCAACUUCAGUUGGACGUGGAAGUGAACUUGGUGAGGUAGAUGCAAAUUCUGAAUUUAAUAUAAAGUGGGACCCGGAUAAGAAUAUAAUAAGUCAGUCUCCAAACAAAUUAACUGAUAUGCCUGAACCUGAUUGUAUAAGUAUUGACAGCGUAGAUGAUGAACAGGCAGAGAAGCUUAAUUCUAUGCUUGGUGGAUCCUUUUUUGAUACGCAACACCACACGCAUAAAAAAUCAGAACAUAUGAUGCAAACUUCUAGCAGUUUAGCAGAAUCUUGGAAUCAAAGACAAUAUUCAGACGGUGAUACAAAUGGAACAUUAAAGGCUAAGUCAGAUGAGAAUAGAUUGCCUAAUGUUUAUGUAAAUUCUGAAAUAACUCCAUUUGUAGAUGUGGUGGAGGAAGUUACUGAUUUUUCAAUGUACUCUACGACAAAUACAGAAAGUGGUCCAAGUACCUCUACCGCAAUAAUCCGACCCCCUAGUCCAUUUUCAGACGAAACACGGUCCAUACCGAGUUCUAUUACUGUAUCUUCCUGUUCUAAGAUUCACUCGUCGUCUUCCACGAUAGAUAGUAGCAGAAGUCAGGUUGAUUUAAGUGAUCAUUUCCCAAGUAUUCAUUCUAGUGCAACCAGUUUAAGUACAGACAACAAUGGAGUACUAAAGCCGAUUCAUGGCGGAUUUAUAUUCACCGGUGAUGUCUAUAUGAGUCCAGAUUUGACGAGUAGUCAUGGCAGUGUAGACAGAUCAUUUAGUAGUAACGAAAGCGUCGAUGGCAGUUGGCAAAAUUGGAAAGAGAAUAAAUUUAAGGUUAUAAGAAGUAAAGACAUACCUCGAAAUAAUGGAAGCAAUCUUGGUGGCAGAAUGGUUGACCAAGCCAACAUUUUCAAGACCAGAUCAAUGUCCGAGGAUCUUAUGCAGUUCGAAGAACCUAGCAGAACUUCUUCUUCAAACAGUAUUAUGACAUGCAAGGUAGCAGACGAAAUGGUCUCGAGUUGUAACGACUUGAGACUGUCGUUAGAAGAAAUAACAAGAAAUGCGCGGGAAAAUCACACAGAAAAUUCAUGGCGGCAGUUUUGUUUAGAACGCUCAAGUUCACUUCCGGUCAGGACUAAAGUUACUUCCGGAAAACAUAUGACUCAAAUAGAUGAACAUUCCCAAAGUUGGGAACAGAUAAGUCCAAGACGAAAUGAAAAUGCGUCCAAUGAAAGUACGCCACGAAAUCAACCAGUGAAAGCCAUACGUACGCUCAAUCAGUUGAAUACUAACUUUAGCGAUUCCUUUGGGGACAAAGACCAGCUAAUUUCAGAUACAAGUUUCGAAGACAGUGCUCAGUAUUCACAUCGGAGUAUAGAAAGCCUUGAUCACGAAGCAAACACUUCUUUUGCACUUUCGGAGUCGUCUGAUAUGUCAGUUACAGACGGACCUGAAUCUAUUUUGGCGGCAAUUGCCGAAAUGGACAUGUACCUUGAUGGUCUAAGUACAGAUAGCAGAUCCAGCAUAAGAAGUGAUAUUGCACAGAAGAUAAAAAUAAGCAAUGAAAUAAAGAGAAAACAGCUUGGGGAAUGGAAUGAUAUUGUAGAAGUGAUAUAAUAAAUAGGUACAGGUAGCCAUUGAAACACGUAAUUGAUAUGAAAGAGUAGGCACGUAUGUAGUAAGUGCAGGCGUCUAUUGAAAUAUAUUUGUGUUAAAAUAAAAUAAGAGCAGGCAUCCAUUGAAACAUGAAGGCAACUUUACGCUACAAUGACUAAUCUUAAUAUAUCAAGAAAAAAACAUUGUAUUUUUGCUUCAUCUAUAAUCUGUUCCAUUACUUAAUAAGUCUACGCCAACUCUGGUGUGUUUGUUUUGUUAAAAGUUGUUUAAUUGACUGUGUAACUUUUAUUCAAAAGAUUGUACCAAACGGCCACAAUUUUGAAUCAAAGUAUUUUAUCAUA